AUGUCGAUGGCAACUUUCAGUGGAAAACGGUACUUCGUGACAUUCAUCGAUGACAAGUCAAGAUACUGUGUCGUCUAUCUGCUCAAGAGCAAAUCUGAAGUUGCGGCGAAGUUCAUGGAAUACGCUGCGAUGGCCGAAACGCAAACCGGAAAGCGCGUGAAGUACCUUCAAAGCGACAAUGGGGGUGAAUACAAGUCCGACAAGCUGGCACGAUUCUGCGCGGAACGGGGAAUACAACAAAGGUUCACACACCCAUAUACUCCUCAGCUAAACGGAGUAGCUGAGAGAAUGAAUCGCACGCUGGUCGAGUGUGCGCGUUGCAUGAUGGAACACGCUGGACUGGGAAAGAGCUACUGGGGUGAAGCAGUGAUGACGGCGAUGUUUCUUCGAAACCGCUGUCCAACACGUGCCAUUCACCAAGACAAGUCUCCAUAUCAAGUGUGGACGAUGAAGAAACCGAUUCUGGCCAACCUUAAAGUGUUUGGAUGCCACGCGUAUUUUCAAGUGCCUCAAGACAAACGCGCGAAGUUCGACUCCAAGUCAUCACUCUGUCGUUUCCUGGGAUACGCCGAACACCAGAAGUCAUAUCGAUUUGAGGAAGUGUCAACAGGAGCGAUCAAGAUCAGUCGCGAUGCCACAUUCAUGGAAGACAAGUUUGAUGAAGGUCCGCGCAACUACAACGAUGAGUCAAGUGCCGUUGAGUUUGAUGAUCAAGACGAGGACGAAGAAAAAGAAGAAGGUAAAACUGACGACGACAUGGACUCGAGCGACGAUGACAACGAAGACACCAGGUCUUCAAAGAGCAACAUCAAGAGACACACGCGCACUCAAUCACUUGAGAAAGCUACCGUCAUUCCAAGUCCCAAGCGAAGAACUGGGGAAACGCCGACUACAUUCAAGUCGGCGAUGGAAUCAAGCGACUCCGGCAAGUGGAAAGAAGCGUGUGACUCGGAGUUCGACUCGCUUCAGAGAAACGACACGUGGGAAAUCGUGCCUCUUCCGAAAGGUCGCAAGGCCAUCGGGUGCCGAUGGGUUUUUCGUGUAAAGGAGAAUCAAGAUGGCGAAGUUGAACGUUUCAAGGCAAGACUUGUGGCCAAAGGAUUCUCACAGAAAUUCGGAGUUGACUAUGAAGAAACUUUCGCACCGGUGGCCAAGUUCACAUCGAUUCGUGUGGUGCUCAGUAUGGCGGCCAAGUACGGCCUAAUGCUACAUCAGAUGGACGUCAAAACAGCGUUUCUUAACGGCUCCCUCAACGAGGACAUCUACAUGGACCAGCCGGACGGAUACCUGGAUGAAACACAGCCGGACGGAUACCUGGAUGCAACACAGCCGGACUAUGUGUGCAAGCUAAAGAGAUCACUCUACGGCUUGAAGCAAUCGCCUCGCAUGUGGAACCAAACAAUCGAUGGGUUCAUGAUCAAGAUGGGAUUCAAGAAGUGCGAAUCGGACCACUGCAUCUACAUCAAGCGAGACGACCAAGACAUGAUUCUCGUGGUGCUCUACGUCGAUGAUCUCAUCCUGGCCAGCAGCAACAACGAACUCCUCAAGUCGACCAAGAUGGCGCUGAGCAAACGCUUCGAAAUGACGGAUCUCGGUGAGCUCGAUUACUUUCUCGGCAUGGAGAUCAAGAACGACCGUAAGACGGGAAUGGUGACUGUGCAACAAACCAAGUUUCUCAAGUCCGUGUUGACCAAGUUCGGAAUGGAUAACAGCAAGCCAGUGAAGACGCCUCAAGAUCCCGGCCUGAAGCUAACCAAGAACAUGUGUGAACAAGAAUGCAAGCACGAAGACACCAUGUGCAACGUGCCAUAUCGAAGUGCUGUCGGAGGCAUCAUGUAUCUCAUGGUCGCCACACGUCCGGAUCUAGCUGCUGCAGUGGGAUCAUUAUCCCAGUUCUCGUCCGACCCAUGCCCGACUCACUGGCAAGCUUUGAAGCGUGUGCUGAGAUACCUGCAAGCAACGCCCAAUCAUGGUCUUGAGUUUACACGUGAAGAAGGAAGCCGUAUCUGCGGGUACACCGACGCAGACUGGGCCGGCGACAUUGAGUCAAGCCGAAGUACAAGCGGCUAUGUGUUCAUGAUGAACGGAGGAUGCAUCAGCUGGAAAAGCCAGAAACAACGGACGGUCGCGCUAUCUUCAACAGAAGCAGAAUACAUGGCGCUUUCCGAAGCAACCAAAGAAGCAGUAUGGCUCAAGGUGCUUUUGGGGGAACUUGGUGAGAUGACAAGCGACGAAGCGAUCAAGAUGUAUGAAGACAACCAAGGAUCAAUCGCUCUCGCCAAGAACCCGGAGUUCCAUAAGAGAACAAAACACAUCGACAUACGCUACCAUUUUGUGCGUGAGAAGGUGGAAUCAGGUGAAGUCGUUUUGGAGUAUUGCCCGACUCAAGAUAUGCUGGCAGACAUGAUGACCAAGCCGAUCGCCGCUGUACAAUUUGAAAACAUUCGCGAUCGACUUGGGAUCCAAGGUGCCGCUGAUGAACUUUAG